AUGGGUACUAAACGCUCCUGGGAAGGCCAGCCACUCGAGCUACAUCCUAAAGAUACCAUCAUGGCCGAAGCAGAGUCAUCAGCUCCAUCGGUUCUAUCAAUCUUUGAGAACUUUCGCGACGAGCUGGACGAGCACCAUGACCGACGCGAGCGAAUUAUCAAGAAGAGUCGCGACAUUACCGCUCUGAGCAAGAAGAUUAUCUUCGCCCUUCAGCGAGUCCGCGCAACAAAUCAACCCCUCCCACCUAAAAUCGCCCAAGAAAACCAAGCCCGCUUCGACCAAAUCCAUGAGCUCUUCCAAGCUGUCGUCCCCGAACAACUCGGCAUAAAUGGCUGGCGAUACCAACGCCAAAUCAGCGCCGGAAUCCAAGAAUUCAUCGAAGCACUAUCCUUUGACCACUACCUGCGCACGCAGACGCUUAUCACCCACGCCGAAUGCGCCGCCCGCAUCCCAUCGGAGAUCCUCGUCUCAGAAGAGGACUACCUGAUGGGUCUGUUCGAUCUCACCGGAGAAAUGAUGCGCUUCGCGGUGCUAUCACUGAGCUCUGGGAAUGCAGCAGCUACCAAGGCGGACAGCACAGAAGGUGGAAGCAAGAGGCCGACACUCGCUCCAUCACAGGGUGACAUUGUGGUUGAUCUACGUGCGAUGCGUGCAGGCUUCGAAGCUCUCACUGUGCCCCGGCGGCAUUUCAUGUUCCGAGACCUGGCGAAGAAGAUGGAGGUUAUGCAGAACAGUGUGGAGAAGGUUGAGCGGGCGGCGUAUGGAAUUCUCGUGCGUGGAAGUGAGAGGCCGAGUGGUUGGACACCUGAUCUGUCGGCCCCUGUGGAGGUGUAA